CUAAAAUUGUAGCCAAUCAUAAAGUUAGAUUCCAGCGAGAUCACGUGGGCAACCAGCGUUGGUAACCCUGAACGAGCAAUGAACAAGGAGGCGCUGGGAUGGGCGCCAUGAUAAGUAGUCGUAUGAGUGUUAAGCUGCAAAUUUUAGAUUGUAUACACUUAAAUAACACGUAAUACUUCAUUUCACUAUGACGAUUAUAUUAUUUCUUGUUGAUACUAGCGCGUCUAUGAAUCAAAGAACUUAUCUUGGCGCUAGACCUACUCUUUUAGAUGUAGCGAAAGAUGCCGUUGAACGUUUUAUCAAGAUGCUGACAGACUACCAGAAUGAUACCUGGUUUAAGAAAUUUGAACUACAAAAGAGAAGCCCAAAGAUUUGGACAUGUUUCCUCUGGAACAUAGAAGAACUAGAGAUAAGACAGAGAGACUCAGCCAGCAGGGGAGACAGAUACAUGUUGCUUACGUUUGAAGAACCUCCUGUACACGUAAAGGCUGGUUGGAAAGAAAAUCAUGCUACUUUCAUGAAUGAGUUAAAAAACCUGAAUGCUGUAGGAGUAACAACAAUGGGUCCAGCACUGAGGAAUGCCUUUGAUUUGCUAAAUGUGAAUCGCAUGCAAACUGGUAUUGAUACAUACGGCCAAGGUCGAUGCCCAUUUUAUUUGGAACCAUCCAUAAUAGUGGUUAUCACCGAUGGUGGCAAGCUUUCUUCAUCAGGCUCCCAGCUUAAUCUUCCUAUGUCCUCCAUGCCUGGAGCUGAACUAACCAAGGAGCCGUUUCGCUGGGAUCAGAGGUUAUUUGCACUGGUACUGCGGCUGGCUGGGACCCCCUGCACAGAGCGAGACUCUGGGUCUGUAGUUCCCCCUGACAGUUCACCUAUUGAUGCAAUGUGUGAGGUUACAGGGGGUAGAUGUUAUUUUGUUUUACACCAUAGAGCUAUCCUUAAAGUAUUCCUCAACUUUGAUUCAAUUAAACUUUUAGAAGCAACAGAAGAUAAACAGGGAAAUCAGACACCAAACCACAGGGUAUCAACUCCAGGUCCAAAUGGAGGAGGACAACCAGCUGUUCCAACCAUCACAACUACUGCUUGGCAAAGCUGCCACAAGCUAAUCUAUGUCCAACGUUCAGCACAGAAGGGCUACUCUGUUGGCCAUUGGCCUAUUCCAGAAUCAUUUUGGCCAGAUCUCAACAGUCCAGCUUUGCCUCCAAGGACAGCACAUCCAGUGGUCAAGUUUACUUGUACUAAUGCAGAACCCAUGGUCAUUGACAACCUACCAUUUGAUAAGUAUGAACUAGAACCAAGUCCUUUAACUCAGUACAUCCUCUCCAGAAAGCAACCAACUGUUGCAUGGCAGGUUUAUGUGAAUGGUAGUCACAAAAGUAGUGAACUAGGCCAUUCCUUUGGUUACCUAAAAGCCAGUACCACUCUUACCUGUGUUAACCUUUUUGUUUUGCCAUACAAUUAUCCAGUUCUACUUCCUUUACUGGAUGAAUUUUUCAAGGUUUACAGAUGUAAGGCACCUAAAGAAUGGAAACAGAAUUUUGAAAAUUAUUUAAAAAAUAUGCCACUCUAUUAUGCAGCUCCACUUAAAAGAGCAUUGCAACGAAUGGGAGCUCCUAAUCUAGUACCAGAAAGUAUGGAAAACUGUCUUAGUUACAGUAUUUUAAACUAUUUGAAGAGACUUAAAAAUCAGGCUAAGUCAGAGUUUGAAAAGAUAGUGAUGAUGGUUGGAGCAGGCAAACAAUCCAACACAGAAAGUAUCCGUGUUAAUCCUGGAGUUCCUCGUCUGAAUGGAGAUACUCCAAAGAUCUCUGAUCUCUGCCUGACAUCAAAUUUUUGUUUAACAAACAGAUUCUCAAGUUUAGCUUCAGAACUUAAUGAUUUCAGUGGCUUUGCUCUAGCUGUGAAAGACAAAGAAGUAAAGACAGAAAGUUAUCGCAAUCCAUUUGAUAUAACACGAGUCAGUUUACUUGAUCAAAUAGCACGAAUGCGAGGAAAUUUUCUCCAGACCACAUUAUCUCACGUGAGGCUACAAGAUGAAGACCAGUUGCACAGCUUACCUGUAAGUCAGAUGGGGAACUAUCAAGAAUAUUUAAAGAGGAUGCCAACACCUUUAAGAGAAAUAGAAUCAGCUCCAGUGAGACAACAUAUGUUUGGAAAUCCGUUCAAAAUUGAAAAGCGUAUGAUGGUUGACGAGGCUGAUAUUGACCUAGUUGGGGGUGGAGGACCACAAGCUAGAGGAAUCAAAAGGCAAGCUGAUGCACCCCUUGGUUCACCAAAGCCCAAAAGAAAACCAGGACCUUUACCCAAAGACUUCCCUAUUCGUAGACCCAAAAGUCCUCUACCUCCAAGUUCACCACAACUAGAUAAUCCUUGUUCUAGUCCUGCCAGUGAAAAUUUAGAAGACGUAGUAGCAGAUCAAACAGUAAAGAACAAACAAGAUGAAGAAGAAGAUUUGUCACAAGAGUCAACAAGAGCAGUAGAAAAUCAUAUAACUAAUCAUGUAAGUGCAGUAAAGAAUACAGAUAAUGAAGGAAUACCAUAUGACAGAAGAAAUGGGAUUGCUUAUAAUUACACAGAUGCUAGAAGUGCUAAGGAAAAUGCCUUAUUAAGAACAAAGUUAUUCAAAGAAGUCAGAAAGCCUGGAAGAAACUUUAGUGGUGUCUUUGAUCACCUGAAGAAUUUCAAGGGGGAUUUACCAACAAAGCUCUUCAUGGUUCGUGAGGUGAUUCAGGAAGCAGGAAGGUUCAAAAGAAAGAGCCUAAUCAAGUUGCUUGAAGAUUUUGAAAAGACACUAGUUGCUUCACAUAAUAGUCCAUCCCCCCCAUCCAGAAAUAGUCCUUUUAUAUACCAGUUGAGUAAUACAAGGUGACAGCAGUAGUGUAAGCAUAAUGAGGAAAAAGUUUCAAGCCAUUGUCACUUGGCUUAGAAAACAACAAACCUGUGAAACUGAGAACCAAUAAGGUUAAGGUCUGAUUGAACGUUGAAGCGGAUAACCAGUGACUACAUCGGUCCAGCUAUCUCCCCUAAUGUUGAGUCUGUCAAAUGUCAGCUGCAAAAAUGAAAAAAAGAUUUGUUUAAAAUCACAGAAAACAUUUUGGACUUAAAAACAGAGAUAUUAUUGACAAAAUAAUGAUUUCAAGUUUCAUAUGUCUGAUCCAUGUAUUUUGGGGUGGAAUGUUUAUAGCUCUUGCCAAGUAGAAAUGUUACAGAGACAAAUAAGAUAGAAAACAGCCUUUAGUAUUAAAACAAGAA